UCUGCAUCUGUGCGCGUCAAGCUGUCGGAUCUGUCGGACGUUCGCAGGACUGUAUCAUUCAGGACCGUGGGAUCUGAAAAAGUCCUCUUUUCUUUUGAACCAGUACGGACGAUGCGUUUUGCUCUGCAGCACUUCAAUGAGAGAAAAGACGCACAUGAUAUGAGAUGGGCUCCGUUCCUGCUGGACGACCUCAUUCGUUACGGUUUUGGAGAAACGCUCCGUCGUUUGUGUCCGUAGUGCUGGCUGUGCUUCAAGUUUGCGCAACUUUUAACUUGGACACUGAGACGCGGGUAGUUUUCAGCGGUCCUCAGGGGAGUUACUUCGGAUAUUCAGUGGACUUCUUCGGAAACUCUUCCAGUGUCAAAAUUUUGAUCGGGGCACCCAAAGCAAACACCAGUCAGCCUGACAUCACUGAAGGAGGAGCUGUGUUUUCCUGUCCCUGGAGCCAAAACAACUGCAGCCUCAUCAACUUUGACAAACACGGUGAUCGAUAUUUUUAUGUAAACGAUGAAAACACUCAGGUUGAGUUCAAGUCCCACCAGUGGUUUGGAGCUACUGUGCGUUCUCAUGGAACUAACAUUCUGGCCUGUGCCCCGAGGUAUUACUGGAGAACUGAACACGACACAGCCUUUGCUGACAUGACAGGAACUUGCUACCUCUCUGUAGACAGCCUUCAAACAUUUGUGGAGUACGCCCCCUGUCGCACAGAAAGACAUGGACCUGCUGGGCAGGGAUACUGUCAGGGAGGAUUCAGUGCUGACUUUACAAAGGACGGCAGGGUUGUCCUCGGUGGACCAGGCAGCUUCUACUGGCAAGGUCAGGUGAUCUCAGCCACCACAGAGGAAAUUGUGAAGGCCUACUACCCGUCUUAUUUUCUGCUGUCGGUGGUUGGACAGAGUCAGACAACUCAGGCGCAGGGAAGCUACGACGACAGCUACCUCGGUUACUCUGUAGCUGCUGGGGAGUUCACUGGUGAUGAUGAGGAAGAUUUGGUUGCAGGAGUUCCAAAAGGACUCAUGCUGUAUGGUUUAGUGUCCAUUUUAAAUCGGAGGGAUCUAAAGACUGUGCUCAACCUAACAGGGGAGCAGAUGGGGUCUUACUUUGGUUAUGCAGUGGCAGCCACUGACAUCAACAACGAUGGUCUGGAUGACCUACUUGUCGGGGCCCCGAUGUUCAUGUGUCGAGCGUCAGAUGGGCGUCUGGAGGAACUAGGCAAAGUCUAUGUGUAUCUCCAGAAGAGUGCUCUGGUGCUGGAGCCAGGCCCGUCCCACCUCCUUGGUCAGCAGGCUUUUGGUCGCUUUGGCACAUCACUGGCUCCUCUCGGUGACCUCAACCAGGAUGGAUACAAUGAUAUGGCCAUUGGCUGUCCAUAUGGAGGAGACGACCAGCAGGGAUUGGUCCUCAUCUACAACGGACAUGCUGAAGGACUCGUGGACCAACCCACUCAGACCCUCUCUGGGCAAUGGGCUUCAAACUCUUUUCCUGCAACCUUUGGUUUUGCUCUGCGUGGUGAUAGGGAUCUGGACCAAAAUGGCUACCCAGACCUGAUUGUUGGGGCUUUUGGGGCAGAUAAGGCCGUGUUGUACAGGGCUCGUCCAAUAGUGAGCGCCAGUGCCUCUCUCACCGUGCAGCCCUCCAUGUUCAACCAGGAGGAGAAGACAUGCCAGCUGAUCACCGUGGACCAGACCAUUAAUGUGUCUUGCGUCAGCGUUACUUUCUGCCUGCUGGCAAACGGGAAGCACCUCCCCUCUCACCUAGGCUUUGUCAUUGAGAUUCAGCUGGAUAGUAAGAAGAAAAAUCAGAAAGAAUCCACCAGAAGAACUUUGUUCCUGGACACUCAGCAGCCCAGUUUGGUGAAGAACCUCAGCCUUAACAAGGGGGAACUGUUGUGUCAUGACACCAUCAUCUAUUUACGGGGCGAAGAGGAAUUUCGGGAUAAACUGUCUCCCAUCAACAUCAGUCUUAACUUCAGUCUGGAUCCUCACGUCACUGCGGCCCAGCAUCACCUCAGACCAAUUCUCAACUAUCAGACCCAGCAGCUGAUAGAGCAGACGGCACACAUUCAAUUGGACUGUGGUGAGGACAACGUCUGUGUCCCGGACCUUAAACUAGAUGUGAUUGGUGACAGAGAGGAGGUCUUCUUGGGUGAUGAGAAUGCCCUGACUCUGAUCUUUAAUGCGAGGAAUGAAGGCGAAGGCGGUGCCUACGAGGCGGAGCUCUAUGUGGUGCUUCCUCCGGAGGCCGAUUACAGUGGGAUAGCACGCAAUAACGUGACGCUGACGCAGCUGACGUGCAGCUACGAGUCAGAAAACCAGACUCGCUACCUGGUGUGUGAUUUGGGGAAUCCCAUGAAACCUGGCAGCAGUGUUUGGGCAGGUCUUCGGUUCACGGUACCCAGACUGAAAGAUACCCAUAAUACAGUAGGUUUUGAGCUUCAGAUACGAAGCAAAAAUGCAAACAAUUCUGAGAGUGAGGUGGUCCAGUUUGAGCUGGAUGUGUCUGCGAUGGCACAUGUCAUUAUGCAGGGCGUUUCCCGUCCAGACAAAGUCAUCUUCCCUCCUCCGAACUGGACUGUCAUACAGAGUCUGAGGGAGGAGCAGGACAUUGGCCCAGAGGUCCAGUGGGUCUAUGAGCUGGUGAAUAAUGGUCCCAGUGUGGUGAGUCAGUCGACUCUAGAGGUGAGAUGUCCUCUGAGGGCUCAUGGCCACGAGCUGCUCUACCCUGUGGAGAUAAUAACCGAGGGGCCGCUCAGCUGCUCAUCAAAAACCACUGUUAAUGCACUGAAACUAAAGCUCCAGCCUCCAGAGGCAGCAGCUCCACUGUCACUGAAAUCCAACACUGAGCACAACAUCCAGAGGAGGGAGGUGUACAGAGACCCUCUGGCUGAACAGCGAAACCUGAGCUGUCCUACAGUGGACUGCUGGCUGCUGCAGUGUAAAGCUGGGCUGCUGGAGAAGGGGGCUAGUGUCAUCCUGACCAUACGCUCCAGACUCUGGGCUGAAACCUUCAUGGAGAGAGCCUACAAGCAGUAUGUUCUGGACUGUUCCGUUCAUUACAAAGUGGAAAGGAUGCCUUAUUUAAUUCCUCCAAAAUAUAAGGCACAGGGAUCUAAAAGGGUGGUGACAGCUGUGAUGUGGAACAAGCGAGAGACUCUGUUCUUUGUUCCGGUGUGGAUCAUCAUCCUGGCGGUUCUGGCGGGCCUGCUGUUACUCUCCCUGCUCAUAUAUCUACUGUACAAGAUGGGUUUCUUUAAAAGGUCAGAUCCCUACGGCACCACCAUGGAGAAGGCCCAGCUCAAACCACAGGCGUCCUCUGAAGCUUAGCUCCGUGAUGUAGUCUCCCCUGCAGCUAAAGCCCAAACAACUGGAGCGAUUCUCAAUUUCCAAAACUCAGAUGAAAA